CUUCAUUAUUGUGGGGAAACUGCACAUUUGUGUUGACACCAGCUCCGGAGAACAGUGUAGGAAGGCGUAGUUAAGUUCACCAGAGCUCUGGAUUCAGGAUUUUACUCCACAGUCUCACUAGGCGUUUCUGUUAGGGGGGAUUGGUCGGUCGCUGCGUGUAGGGAGCGUUAUUAUUUCUAUGGGCAAUGCUUUGCUAUUAGUAGCAACAGUGCAGUGGUAACGUUAUAGGUGUAAGUUAGCGUGCCAGCCGGUCCUUUGCUUUCGAGUAUGCAGUUAUUGUACUUGUCUUUUCUGUCCAGUUUACCUUAAUUAUUUUACUGUAGCGCUGCUUAUGGAUUAGUGUGAGUCACUGAAUUCAUUAUUUCACGCCAUAGACCCAUAAUAUAGCCGCUGCGCUUGCUGCUAGCAAGGAAACCGUGGCUGGCGCUCGGAAAAUGCCGUCUUCGAAGGAAGGCUUAACGGGAGAAGGUGACCUGGUUACUGUGAAACAUGAACUUACAAACGCAAACCUGACAGGUCACGUGGAACGUGUAGGCAUCGAGAACUUUGAGCUGCUGAAGGUCUUGGGGACAGGAGCCUAUGGGAAAGUGUUUUUGGUGCGCAAGGUGAGUGGGCAUGAUUCAGGCAAGCUAUAUGCCAUGAAGGUGCUGAAAAAAGCCACUAUUGUGCAGAAGGCAAAGACGGCUGAGCACACACGCACAGAGAGGCAGGUCCUGGAGCACAUCAGGCAGUCCCCGUUCCUUGUUACCCUGCACUAUGCCUUCCAGACAGACACCAAGCUGCACCUCAUCUUGGACUAUGUGAAUGGAGGAGAGCUCUUCACACACUUGGUGCAAAGGGUCCGCUUCAAAGAGCAAGAGGUUGCUUUGUACAGCGGCGAGAUCGUACUGGCACUGGAACACUUGCACCAGCUAGGGGUUGUUUACAGAGACCUGAAACUGGAGAACAUUCUUCUGGACUCAAAUGGACACAUCGUGUUAACAGACUUUGGUCUUAGCAAAGAGUUUGAUGAGGUGGAGAGGGCUUACUCUAUCUGUGGCACAAUAGAGUACAUGGCUCCUGAGAUUGUAGAAGGAGGAGAAUCUGGACAUGACAAGGCAGUGGACUGGUGGAGUCUUGGCGUUCUGAUGUACGAGCUCAUGACGGGCGGUUCUCCUUUCACCGUGGAUGGAGAUGAAAACUCCCACUCUGACAUAGCAAAGAGAAUCUUGAAGAAGGAUCCUCCUUACCCCAAAGACAUGGGGCCUCUGGCCAAAGACAUAAUUCAGCGACUCCUUAUUAAGGACCCAAAAGAAAGGAUAGGAUCUGGGCCCUCAGGGGCCCAGAAUGUCAAGAGCCACCCAUUCUACCAGAAAAUUAACUGGGAGGAUUUGGCUGCCAAAAAGGUGCCUGCUCCCUUCAAGCCUGUGAUCCGGGAUGAGCUAGAUGUGAGUAAUUUUGCAGAGGAGUUCACAGAGAUGGACCCCACUUAUUCCCCUGCUGCACUGCCUCAGAACUGUGACCGUAUCUUCAAGGGCUAUUCUUUCAUUGCUCCCUCCAUCCUGUUUAAGAGGAAUGUGGUGAUGGAUGACCCUAUUCAGCUGUGUGGUGGAGCAGACAGGCCUGGAUCUGCUGCAGUAGCACGCAGUGCCAUGAUGAAGGACUCUCCAUUCUAUAUAAACUUUGAGAUGGACCUGAAGGAGACAGCACUGGGGGAGGGCAGUUUCUCUAUCUGUAGGCAGUGCACACACAAGAAGAGUGGACAGAAAUAUGCAGUGAAGAUUGUUAGUAAAAGAAUGGAGGCACAAACACAGAAAGAGAUAGCUGCUCUCAAACUGUGUGACGGACAUCCCAACAUAGUCAAGCUCCAUGAGAUCUACCAUGACCAGCUGCAUACAUAUCUAGUUCUGGAGCUGCUCCGAGGGGGUGAGCUGCUGGAGCGGAUCCGAAGGAAGCAGCACUUCAGUGAGACGGAGGCGAGUCGGAUCAUGCGCAGGCUGGUGUCUGCUGUGAGCCACAUGCACGAUGUGGGCGUGGUGCACCGAGACCUGAAACCCGAGAACCUGCUGUUCACUGACGAGAGCGAGAACUCGGAGAUCAAAAUUAUCGAUUUUGGUUUUGCUCGACUCAAACCACCUGACAAUCAGCUUCUGAAGACGCCCUGCUUCACCCUACAGUACGCUGCUCCGGAGAUCCUUACCUAUGACGGCUACGACGAGUCCUGUGAUCUCUGGAGUCUAGGGGUUAUAUUGUACACUAUGCUGUCUGGGCAGGUGCCCUUUCAGUGUCAGGAGAAGAGUCUGACCCACACCAGUGCAGAAGAGAUCAUGAAGAAGAUCAAACAGGGAGAUUUCUCGUUCCAGGGAGAAGCCUGGAGGAACGUAUCCCAACAGGCCAAGGAGCUAAUUCAAGAGCUCCUGACUGUGGACCCUAACAAGCGGAUAAAGAUGUGUGAGCUGCGCUACAAUGCCUGGCUGCAGGAUGACAGUCAGCUGUCCUCCAACCCCCUCAUGACCCCCGACAUCCUGGGCCUGUCCACUGCCUCCGUACACACUUGCGUCAAAGCCACCUUCAAUGCCUUCAACAAGUGUAAGCGGGAGGGCUUCCGACUGCAGACUGUGGAUAAAGCUCCCCUGGCUAAGCGCAGGAAGAUGAAAAAGACCAGCACCAGCACAGAGACGCGCAGCAGCUCUAGUGAGAGCACACACUCAUCCACUUCUUCCUCACAGUCUCAGGAGAAGACGCCGCCAGGUAGACAGAUGGCCACCAUGCCACAGCCAUCCAUCAGCACUCCCCUCACGCUGGGGCCUGAUGACGACGAGCCUUCCCAGAGCCAGCCCCAAUCUGCCUUCACUUUCUCUGAGUGAGACAUGCAUAAAAAACACCCAUCACACCCUCUGUCUGUCUCUUGGGUGUUCCUCUGUCACACACAGCCCUAGUGCACUGUUUUGUACCAAGCAUGCGGGGGUACAGAAGCCCCAGUCAAAGCCCUGCCCCUUUCAAGCCCUUGGCUAGCAAUAGACGAGUAACGCAGGGCCCAGCAGCGUGGGAGAAUCUGAAAAAGGCUUUUGUCACUGGCUUAGACCAGGCCUAGUCCCACGUUCUUGACCCAAACUGACCAGGCCUCCGGCAUCUGUUGUAUCUCAUACACGGAGUUUCACUCCAAAAGCAUGAGACCACCCCCUAACUGUAAUGAAGGGUCCAGUUCCUUGCGCUGUCCUGCCACUUCAGGCCAAGCAAAAAGAAAAAAGUAAUUAAUGAAAAAAGAGUAUUUAUUCUAAAAGAAUAUAGAACAUAUAAGAAGAUGUUUAUAUACUGAGCUUUAUUGUUUAUAUGUUAAGUUAUUAUUCUUAUAUCAGACUGUCCCAGUCAGAAGAUGUCCUUGUGAAAAUACUUGUGAAAUCUGUUCUCACUGACCACUGUGCAGGUCAGAACUACAUGGUACUGUAGCUUUUGCUUGAUUUCGUGCAGGCCUGUUAAGUCUGAAGCUUCUUCCAGAGUUUAAUGGUGAAGUAGCAGUGAUUUGUUUGAGUGAAUUCAAACAAAUCUUUUUUUUUUUUUCUACCCUUGACAAGGAAGGCCAGAUAACAGCCUGUUUCGAAGUUGCAUUUUGUCAUUUUAAGCAGUUAAAGUAGAGGUGUUAUUUUUGAGUAAAGAGGGUUAUUUUGUACUUGAAACUUAUUCUAAGAAAAUGCAGAAGGAAAAACACAUGUAAGGACAGCCACUGUAUGACAGCACACAGUGCUAGAUAAGGGCAAAAUAGUUUUGAGACGAUGCAAUCAGUCAAACAUUUUUUCUUCAUUCCAACUCCAGCUGUGGAUUGUCUCUAGUAAGUUGUUUGCAGUGGCUGGAGUUUUUAAUUGAUUGGUAAGGAUUUAGGGUCUGCUUUUUGGCAGCCAUAAUAAAGAAUAAGUGUUUAAGAAUCUGCAUUAAAGGUACAACAAGAAAACAUUUCAACCAUAUGUAGGGAUGUCCCAAUCUAUUUUGGCCACCAAUCCAAUCCAAGUACUUUAUUGCUAUAUAUUGGCCGAUACCGAUCCAACUGCUAACGGCACAUAAAAGUGCCCAAAUCGUGGAAGAGACCGUUUUCAGUGAAGCCUACAGCGGUUUAACUAUGCCUAUUCAUGCUGAAGUUUUCCAUUGUAGUAUGGUAGUUUCGUUUUCAACCAGGUGCGACUCUUGAGUGAAAAAUGUGGCAGAAAUGUAAUUUUGACUUGCUUAUAGUGGAAUGCCACUAAUGGUAGUGACGAAAAAGUAGACUGGUCACAGUUUAUGUGUCAGUGUUUAGAACGUCAGAUAUGGUUAGCUAACUGUAAGAUAGUUAAAUACUGCACACGUUUAGAUCUGUAACUAUAUUUUAACCAAUAAACAUGCCUGGAUUGGCUCAGGAUCCUUUGGAUCAGAUCUUGAUGUCCCUACUUUGGCAGCAGUUAUGGUGACAUGAAGAAGAUCUUAUAGCAGUCGGAAAACAAUGUUCUAUGGAGGCUUAUAGACUCUAUAUAGAAUUUUUGUUUUUACUCUGGUCAGGUCAAAAGUGGAUAUUGCCUCAUUUUAUAUCAAAUCAAGCAGCAAUCAGCGUGACUGCUGAGAUAAACAUAAAUAUAAGGUACCUUUAAAGUCAUAUUAGCCAAGUAUUGUAUCAUAGAACUGAGAAAAGGAAUUCUGUACCAUCAGUGUGCCAUUUUCAAAGUAAUAAACUAGCAGAGUGGUGUUCAGAGUAGUGUGUAGAACAAAAGAUAGCUUCACAUGAUCAGGGCUCAUAUGCAUGGCCAGUUGCCUCUACAUAUUACAUGACCUGUAUCGAUCCCAGAGCACUUCUCUCUACUUCCCAUGCUCAAAGCAGGAUUGGUGGUAAUUGAACUAAGAUCGCAUCUUCUUCCUCUUUGCAUCCCGAGUCUUUAUCUCCUGUUAUGUGUUGAAUUGAUGACAGCACACCAGCAUGCAAUCACCUUAAAAGAUUCUCUUUAUAUACAAUGCUUGGUACAGUAUAAGCACAUUCUACUCUUGCAAGCACUACAAAGGCUUCCCACUGAUAACCGAAGGCACUAAACUCAUUAACGUUGUUGACUUGCUAUGCAAAAAUAGCCACUUUCCUUCCUUCAGCAUUAACUUUUAUCAAUAGCCUAUCUGCAAGGGCCAUUAUGCAUUAUAAACGAGUGAGCAAAAAAUAUGCCUCGCGAAGGCUCUUUAAAGCUGACCAGCCAGCAUGUUAACACCAUCUUACAGUAGGACCUUCAGUGGUUCAACCCCUUAAACUAAGGGCCCGUAUGGGCGGUACCCUAAUAACUAUACAAUGUGUUUAUUAGUUACAUAGUACUUACCUAAUGAUUUAUAGUUGUUACUGAAUAAUAAAUCUUAAUGUUAACAACUGAAUAAUAAGCCUGCAGUUUAAGGGGUUAAACAGUUCCUCUGUGCACUGAAGCAAGCCAUGACAUCCACAAGCUUAAAUAAGGAAGACUUGUGUAGAGAUACACACAUUGCACGUACACAAGUUCACAACAGCACUGGUGCUCCUGCUUAUAAGACAUUGCAACAGCAAUAAGAACAUCCAUAAUGCAGCUCAUUACAGUGUCGCAGAGAUUUUCUCUGUUAGGCUUGUUCAGCUCUACUCCAUUGCCACUCUGUGCCACUCCCCUGGAGCUCCAUCAUUACUGCUCCACUCUCUGUUUUUGGUGUAUUAAUAGAGAAGAGAGAAAAGUGUGUGUGUGUGUGUGUGUGUGUGUGUGUGUGUGAGUGUGAGAGAGAGAGAGUGAGUGAGUGAGUGAGUGCGUGUGUGUGAGAGAGAGUGAGUGAGUGCGUCCUACAUUGAACCCUCCUCAGGGAGUGGAGGCUUUAUUAGUUGCUUUGCUGCGGUCCUGUUUGUCCUUGGGGAGAUUAAGUAGCCCAGCUUGUUCUCCCACUGCAAAGGACAUAGAGAUGAACUACAUGGGAACAUAGAGUGAAGAGCAGUCAAGGUUUUUAGUACUACAAAUAAGCUGAGAUAAGGGUGGGCAAUAUGACAAUAUGUUAUUGUUAUUGUGUGUAGAGGUGGCCCUGAUCAGACACCAGGCGGAUCAGAUAUUGAAGGAAAAAAAGAUGAGUCCAGUCCAGCACUGUAACAAAUCUAGCCUGAAAUAGCUCACAUUGCAUGGUCAUGUUUGUUGUCAUUGUGCUUAGAGAUGCCACAGAUACAAUAGCAGGUGUCAAGCUGAAAUCAAAAGUACUGAAAUUGGAUGGGAAAAGGAAUGAAUUCAAUCCAUUUUUUUAACGAAUGUACAUUAAAAUGUCUGAUUUCAUGUUGUGGACAAUAUGGCAGUGUGUUAUCACUACUGGUCCAAUAUCUGCAGAAAAUGCUGGACUGGAUAUUAGAGAGGCAAAAAAGAGCGACUCUGAUCCAGUCCAAUCUGAUCCUAGGCUGAAGUAGCCACAAUCACAUUGUGGGGUAGUAGAGAGUUAAAUUAGUUUAAGCAUGAUAGCUCAUUUUUAUAUGCUUGUUUAAUUGAAAUGCUUCACUUAAAAAUAGGUCAUUUUAGUUUUUAAAAAAGAAACAUCAGAUUAGAUUGUUUUCGGGCAGCGCUCAAGUACAUCAGUAUUGGUAUCCGAAAACAAAGUGGUAUUGUGCCUUUGCUAGUCAUGAUAGAUUACAGUCUGCUUUUUUGGAGCAUGUCUUGGAUGUCAACAGUACUUGAGAGAUACUUCUCGUUAAUAACUGCAUGUCAUAAAAAAAAACCCAAAACAAUAACAUUUUAUAGUUCAAUUACAGAGAGCCUGUAUGCAACAGCAACCACUGUUUAGAAACGGGCAUAGUAACAAAUAGUGGAUUUAGUAACAAGUAGCGGAUUAUAUGUCAGCUGAUUAUCUUAUUUUAUUCAUUAAUGCUAGCAAUUAUUUGAUUUUCUCUCCAGUUUAUUUUUGUAAAAAAAAAUCAAUUUAGUCAAUUUUUCCAUAGCCUUUAAAUUUACAAAGGCAUCUAUAACUGUGGUUCUGUUGUUUUGCUGGUGCAUUUACUCUAUUCCAGUAUCACAAAUCUCAGAAACAAAUAUUGUGAUAUAUAUCAUGUGUUGUGAAAGUAUGUAUGACAGUAUUAUUUUUUUGCAUAUUGUCCACCCUUGUGAGAGCUUGUCUUUGAUGAAGACGCACCGGAGCUGUUUUAGACUUGAUGUCAGGGCCUGUGCUUCUCUUACAGGCUGAGAGGUCAGCACUCUGUUCUACUGUAUCAUUCAUCUGUAAAGCACUUCUGUUCUGCCAGUGCCAGGAGCUUUAGGUUUGGCUGGCUGUGUGAGGGUUUCAUGUAUAGUCUAGUGGGUACCAUUUACCGUUUGCUGAGGUAGAGAGAACACAUAACAUAACUGCGUGCCCUUGAAAAGAGCUAGUUCUCUUUGAUCUGAGCACUCCUUCAUCACGAGUUAUUGUUGGCCUACUUUAAUGCUCUCAGGAGCUUGGUUAAUUGUGUGGCCCUUUUUUCCUGCUAUUGUAGCAGAGGUUCCAGUGUGAGUACAUAUCUCUUCUGUGCUGGCAGUGGUCAGCCCCGCCAGCUCACUCUUUCAUCUACCCGCGGAGGUGGAGUGAUGCUCCAUGAUGAUGUGGGCAGAGAGAGCGUCAACAUAUCUCUCAGGCGUUCUGUCCUGCACAUUGCAGUCUGUUUAGCCUGGUUUCUAGAGAGAAUGUGGCUCUAGUAUGCUUGUUUUUUAUGGUUGUGGUGUUCUGGUGAGGUUUGUUGCAUUAUGGAAUGCACACAAUGCAUAUUAUGUAGGAUAAAGGAAAACUGAAAAAAAACUGCAACUUUUCAAAAUACAUGUGUGCAUUUCCACCUGAAUACAAUGUAUUACAUCAACAUAAUUUUGUCUUCAAGUUUGCUUACUUUUGGCAACAAUAGUGUUGAUUUAUUUUAUCCAUGUGGAAAUGAUGAAUGUAGGACUGUCACUAUCAGCUACAUUAGUGAUCAAGUAAUACACAUGCAAUUUAUAACUUUACACAUUUAAUUUUACUUUGUAUAUGUGACAUUUUUGACUACAAAGUUAUAUUAAUGUGAUCCUGGUGGUGUGGCUUUACUCUUUUUCAAUGACUUGGCACAAAAGCGAUUUGACAACUUGCAUUCAGACUGCUGAACAUGGCUUUACAGUGACCUGUGGAUAUCCUGUUUAUCAUUCAAAUGGCAAAUAAACUACCAAGUCAGUUUAUUAAAAUUGUAUAUUUCAAUAGAUUUAAUAUUUGUAAUUGAGUAAUCAAUUUUAAAUCAUUAAUUGUGACAGCCCUAGAUGCAGCAAGUAAAUUUGAUGCAUUCCUUUUUCAGUGAGGCUUUAAAAGGUGGUUUUAAAUUAUGUCAUUUUUUAAAAGUGGCUAGGGAACAAAAAAUUACCUCUCAUGCACUUCUAAAGGCCAUGGAUGGGACACUGAGCUGCAAUGGUCUUGCAGUACCUUCCCUUUUUUAUAAAAGUGAGUAAGCAACAUUGCUGAGCAAUUAUUCUCAGUAAAAAAAAUGUUGAUGUGCUUAUGUGCUUCUGUGUGGGAAAUCAAGCUUUUUAAAGAGACCAGUUCUUUUAAAAUAGGAAAAGGUCCAAACUUUAGGUGACAUGAGUUUAAUCCAGCUACAUAAGCUGCCUACACUCCCACACUGUGUAAUAUUGUCUCUGAACUCUGGAGCUUGUGUUUGCAUCUCUUUUGAAAAGCCUUCUGUGUUUCUGUUCAGUAUUGGAUAAAGCUGUAGCCCCAGGUGGGCUAGUGUCUCCUCUCAAUGUGAAAGAAAAAAAUCAUUCAUGGAAUUUCAUUUUAUACAUAUUUCAUCCAUUUAUUUUUUUUGCUUGCCAAAGCUUUGAUCUGUAGCACUGAAGCUUGAUGUGAAUCCUCAGCUUCAUACAACAACAAAAACAAGCUUUAAACUUGUGUCCUGUGUUAUCAUGUCUUUCAAAACCUUCAGUUUUACAUCAGGUCAAAACUAAUUUAUAUUGAAAUUGAGAAAAAUUGUGCUUCCCUCUGACAGAAGUGUCCAGCAGUCACUGCUAGGCAGCGCUGGUUUAUAUUGACACACACAUCACUGUAUUUCUGAAUGUUUAAAUGUCGUAAGAAUGGCUCAGAAUAUCUAUUAUGAAUAACUAGCAUGAAAAUUUCACAUCACUGUGACCUCCGUACAGGUUGAAAGCCAAAGAGGUGACUCGAACACACUCACAGUCUGCAUUCACUAGCUACACAUGUAUUCUUGGCAUAACAAAACAAGUGGCAUAUCUAAUAUGCUUGGUGUUUUAAUGGAUUACCAAAGCCUGAUAUUGAAGUUCUGUUCAUCUUUUUAUUUUGCCUUUCUUCAUUGCUUUAUUCCCAUUUAAAAUGUGUUAUCACUUACCAUAUUAGCAUUUUUUUGUUGUUUGAUAUACAAUAAAAACAUAUACUAAUUUCAACACAAACUGUUCAUCAAAAGGUACAUUUAGAUGUUUUAUUUAUUUUUUCAGAUAAAACAAGCAAAUAAAUGAAAAUUUUCAGUAAUUAUUAUUUACAUAGUUUUUUGUAAUUAUUUGACCUUUUAGAAGAAACAAAUACUCAAUGGACUCAGUAACAUGUUAAAACAUAUGAGGGUUAUGAUUAGGUUAUUGAGUGAGUUUUAGGUUGGGGUUAGGAUUAGGGUUAGGGUUAGGCGUUGGGUAAGGUUAGGUUCUGCAUAAUGGGAGUAACUUACAAUACAUCUAAUUAAUGUAAGUAAUUUAUAAACAACACAUCUACAAGACUUUUUCCCCCAAUGUAUUCAGAUGCUUCACUACUGCUACUGCACUGAUAUGUCGUUGAUGUGUUACUGAUACUCUGUUAAGAACUUAUUAAUCAUCUAUAAAGAACCACUCCAAAUAAAAUGUUACUGUUAAUUGUAUUGUAACUUAAUUCUCAAAGCUGUACAGCAGGACUGCCCAAAUUUUUUAUGUAUUAUACAUAAUCAAGUGUAUAAUCAAUGUAUACACUUGUCUACUACCAACUUGUUUUCAUAUUGCAGAAAACAUUGAUUCCAAACUUUUAAAUGGUAAAGUUUAUCAGAUGUGCACCAUUAAGGUAGUGGAUGCAAAGGGCAAAGUAUUUAAAGGGAUCUGAGGCUAUUCUACAGCCAAUUGUGCAAUCAAGAACUGCCACCAAGGGGCAGUGUUUACAUAGAAUUCAGUGGAUAGCUUGCUUUGAGGACCAUUUCAACUCCACCUACUUGAAUAGGAGAAGGCUUUCCUGUGUCCUAGCUCAUUCACUAGUGCUCAAUGUGCAACAUCAGCUGUUCAUCACGGAAAAAAGAACGGAGUUCUAACCUCAAAGUUAAAUUUUAUCGUAAAAGUACAUUCAUUAUCUAGCUGGGCUAGACAUAUCAUUCUUUUAAACUUAUUUAAAGUGAGUUAUCAGUUUGUUAGAUGAAUAUAAAAAUCUAUUUAAAAACAGAACCAAAAUAAGAAGAUAUUUAUGGUGGGUAUUGAUGCUGUAUAUAUUUUGUAAAUGCUAAGCCAUAUAUAUACUAAUUAGAUAGUAACAUCUCAACCUCCUUUACGUGUCCUACUGUUUCCUCUAAAAAUGCUGUUUUCCAGAAUAUGAGAACACAUAUGACUAGAGAACUUUAGUGUUUCAAAAAUGAGGAUCAUAAUCUUGUCAAAGUAUAUUGUACGUUUGGAAACUUAUGAUGCAAAUGAUUUUUCUUGGCAUGAGUGUUCAAAACUCCAAUGAGUUGAAUCAACUCAGACUGAUCACGAGAGAACACACUCCAUUUCUUCACUAGUCUUGUUAGCAGGUGUUCUUUUGCUUGUUUUGUGGUUCACAUGUUUGAUGUGUUUAUGAAAAGAAUAAAGGGCUUUAAAGUUUUGGGAUUCUAUGGAACAAAACUUAUAAUUAUGUUACCAUUUGUCAAAUGUAAUAAAAAAUUCUAAGUUCACCAGA